AUGGGUUGCUGUGGCUGUGGAGGUUGUGGCGGCUGUGGCGGCUGCGGCGGCUGUGGAGGCUGUGGCGGCUGUGGCGGCUGUGGCAGCUGCGGUGGCUGCGACUGCGGUGGCUGUGGAGGCUGCAGUGGCUGCGGCUGCGGUGGCUGUGGAGGCUGCAACAGCUGCACCACCUGCAGGUGCUACCGGGCUGGCUGCUGCGGCUGCUGUGGUGGCUGCUGCGGCUGCUGUCGCUGCUGCAGGCCUGUGCUAGUCUGCUGCUGCCGCCGCUCCUGCUGCCGCUCCUGUGGUUGUGGCUCCUGUGGCUGCGGCUGUGGCUGUGGCUGUGGGAAGGGCUGUUGCCAGCAGAAGUGCUGCUGCCAGCAGAAGUGUGGCUGCAAGAAGUGCUGCUGCUAG